AUGGUAUCGAAACGGUGAGAGUGACCGUUGGGGGGCAAUGCAUCAAGGGCUAAAAUUCGCUCCAACACAAAUAAGCAUUUUUGAAACUCCCGUUAUAAGCGAAUAAAUAUGGGCGAAUUAAAUGCUCUCAGUUGCGUGGGGCAGGAUGACCUCGUGACCUUGCGUAUUGUGUGCACCAUGGCACAAAACAAGCGAAAUAAAUUGAGCCUUGAGGAUGUGGACGACUAUGGAAACACCGCCUUGCUAAAAGCCUGUUAUCUAGGAAGAUUCGACUGCGCUCGCACUCUGCUUCAUUUCGGGGCGAAUAUAUUUGCUGUUAACUAUUUUGGACAAAAUGCUCUUACUCUGGCAACUUGUGCCGGCCAUUUGCCACUGGUCCAAGAGCUGUUGUGCCGACGAUCGUACCAGGACUUUAAUCGGUCCUCCUUGAUUCCAGCUUUAUGCGUGGCUGUAAUGAAAAAGCAUGCCGCUUUGGAAAAAUACUUCAUCGGACUGGAUCCGGUUGGUGUUCAUAGCACUCAAACCGUUCAUGGAUUGGGAGUUGGCGACCUAAAGAAAAUGGUAACUGAAGCAGAUCGUCUCAACAAGCGUCGACACCCUACGCCACCAACUUUUCUUAAUUGCAAAUUCCGUUAAUCAAAAGUGUCUCAUGUAUUGGAAAUUAUUUAUUUAAAAAUUUAAUGCGCUCAAG